UAAUGUACAGUGCGGUGAUUGGUCCACUAGUGGGCUCUGUAAGGCGGUGUGUGUGUGUGUGUGUGUUGGGAGCUGAGAGAGGUUAUUAUGAGCGAGGCGGCGGAGAGAGAGGAGCGCAGGGAGCCGCGCUGAGGGACAGAAAUGAUGGACGAGUUAAAACACCAAAUUAUGAUCAACCAGUUCGUCCUGAUCGCUGGAUGCGCCGCGGAUCAGGCCCAGCAGCUGCUGCAGGCGGAACACUGGCAGUUCGAGACAGCCCUCAGUGCCUUCUUCCAGGAGGCCAACAUUCCCUACAGCCACCAGAUGAUGUGUACGCCAGCUAACACCCCGGCCACGCCCCCCAACUUCCCCGACGCCCUCGCCAUGUUCUCCCGCCUCAGAGCCUCCGAGAGCUUCGGCAGCAGCAGCAGCCCCAUGGUUUCCAUGGCGACCUCCCCGCCUCCCUACGCCAACUGGUCCAUGAACCCCACGCCGACCGCCCAGCUCCCCCCGCAGACCACCACACCCAACUGGCCCCAGCAGGUCACCCAGCAGGCCUCUUCCGAGCAGCCCGGCCUGGCCAUGGAGGCGGAGAGAUGAGAGGCCCCGCCCCCGUUCGGCCCCUGGACCACUCAGGAGGAGGAGCCUGGCCUGCCCUGCUGAUGAAUCUGACUGGAGGAGAAUCACGCUUAAUGGACGGACGGACAGAUGGAUGGAUGGAUGGAUGGAUGGAUGGACACUGCAGGACUGAUUAACCUGGAGGACAUCACUGGAGAGAUGUUCCUCUCCUCGUUCUUCACACAGCAUGAGAGAUUAAAGACUCUAAAACUCUUAUUUUUCUUUUUUUUGUGGGAUUUUUAAUUUUAUUUUUAAGUAUCAGAGAUGCAUGGGUGUCUCUUUCUGAGGAGCUUCUUCAUCCAGGACUGAUUCACUCUUUAUUUUUUUGUUUUUUGAUCUCUAUGGUUAAUCAGAAUCACUGUCUGUAUGAAAGCUGCAGCUGGAAGCAGCUGGAACGGUGAAAUUUGACUGGACUGGACUCAGAAACGCUUGAUAUAGGUUUAAAAAUAUGAUACAAUUUAAAAGAAGACCAACAAAAUGGUCAGAUAAUCGUUUUAGAGUUUUCUGAGUUUUUUGAGGGACAUUUUGUUAAGAUCAGAACCAAGCAUUUUUCUACACAGUGUUAUUUAUUUUCUGGGGAGAUUUUUGAGGCAUAUUUGCUAUUGGUAGCGAUCGAUCAAUAGCAAAUAAAUGUUUAAUCUUAAUCUCAGAACCCUUUCUUCGAUUCUCUUGUAUACCGUAAUCUUAAUUUAAUAAAUCGCAAUGAUCAGCCUUGA